UUGUUGGAAAAAAUAGUUUAGGUUAUUUUCUUCUUUUUUUUUUUUUUUUUCUUAAAGAAAGGAAGGGCUUUUUGUUGCUUUGCAUUUUUUAAGUGAUUUUUGUUUCUUUCAUUCUUCCCCCCACCCCCCCGCAUUUAUAACUGUCUUCACUCCGGCGGGCGAUUCAAGGGGGUUGAUUAUAUACAGAUAUAUAUAUUUUUUGUGCAAGUCUUUAAUCAGGUUUGGGAUUUUUCCUUCGUUUUUUGCAAACUGCACAAAGAAUCGGUUUGUAAACAAAUCAAGAGGAUUUUUUUUACACUUUUUUUUUUUUGCAAAGCAAAUAGGAAAAGCAGAUUAUUUUCAGCAGGUUUUCUUUUUUUUUCUUCAAAUUAGCCGCUUUUAAUCGAAUAUGUAAAUUCUUGAGUAAAAAGAAAUUAUACUAACAAUUGGACUCCUUUCCCCUCUCUCACUGCAUUUGGGGGGCUUUUUUUUCUUUUUUUUUUUUUUUUUUUUUUUGGUUGAAGAACUGAAAGUAUUCUGCUUGAUUUGGUGGCUUUUUAUUUUUUUUUUAAUUAUUAUUUUUUUUUAUUGAGUGGGGGGAUCGGGAAAGGGGGAGGGGGGCUUGGAAAGUUUUGGUUGCAGCUGCCUGGCCAAGCCGCUGAGCCCCCCAGCCAGCCGCCGGCGGAGACAGGGAAGGGAGGGCAGGAGCGAGGGAGCCGCCGGAGGAGCGCAAGUCUUGCAGGGUCUCCUCGGCUGCGAGGAAGUGUAGUUUCUGAUAGGGCUGAAAUUGAAACAACUUCAGCUGUUUGCUUUUAGGAUGUCUCGCCGCAAGCAAGCUAAACCAAGAUCACUCAAAGAAACUCAGAUUCUAGAAACAACCAGUUGUAUGAAGCCUUGGGGUUGGCGGAGGAGGAAAAGAGAAGAAAAUGAAACAGAGGACCAUCAGGCAGGUGUGGGACACACAGCCGCACAGACUGACCCUAACUGUAAACUAGAAGACAAGGCAGAAGAUGGAGAUGUGCUAGACUGUAAGAAAAGGCCGGAUGAAGGGGAGGAGUUAGAAGAAGAAGCUGUGCACAGCUGUGACAGCUGCCUCCAGGUGUUUGAGUCACUGAGCGAUAUCACAGAACACAAGAUUAAUCAAUGCCAACUGACAGAUGGAGUGGAUGUCGAGGAUGACCCCUCUUGCUCAUGGCCAGCAUCAUCGCCUUCUAGCAAGGAUCAGACUUCCCCUAGCCAUGGAGAAGGCUGUGAUUUUGGAGAAGAGGAAGGAGGCCCAGGUUUACCCUAUCCAUGCCAGUUCUGUGACAAAUCGUUCAGCCGCCUCAGCUACUUAAAGCACCACGAGCAAAGUCACAGUGACAAGCUCCCUUUCAAAUGCACAUAUUGCAGCCGUCUCUUCAAACACAAACGGAGCAGGGACCGCCACAUAAAGCUUCAUACGGGAGACAAGAAGUAUCACUGCAGUGAGUGUGACGCGGCAUUCUCAAGGAGCGAUCAUCUUAAAAUUCACUUAAAGACUCAUACAUCCAACAAGCCAUAUAAGUGUGCCAUUUGUAGACGUGGGUUCCUGUCAUCAAGUUCACUGCAUGGACACAUGCAGGUUCAUGAGAGGAACAAAGAUGGUUCCCAGUCCGCUUCCCGGAUGGAGGACUGGAAAAUGAAGGACACUCAGAAAUGCAGUCAGUGCGAAGAAGGCUUUGAUUUUCCUGAAGAUCUUCAGAAGCACAUUGCAGAAUGUCACCCUGAGUGUUCCCCUAAUGAAGACCGAUCUGCUCUUCAGUGUGUUUACUGUCAUGAACUCUUUGUAGAGGAAACGUCCCUAGUAAAUCACAUGGAGCAGGCUCAUAAUGGUGAGAAGAAGAAUUCAUGCAGCAUUUGCUCUGAGAGCUUUCAUACUGUGGAGGAGCUGUACAGCCACAUGGACAGUCACCAGCAGCCCGAGUCAUGUAACCACAGCAACAGCCCAUCUUUGGUAACUGUGGGGUACACAUCAGUCUCUAGCACUACCCCAGAUUCAAAUCUCUCAGUGGAUAGCUCAACAAUGGUGGAAACAGCUCCUCCCAUACCAAAAGGUCGUGGAAGGAAGCGGGCAGCUCAGCAAGUGCCAGAUAUCACUGGUCCUUCAAGUAAACAGGCAAAAGUUACUUAUAGCUGCAUUUAUUGCAACAAACAGUUGUUUUCCAGCCUUGCAGUUUUGCAGAUACACCUGAAAACUAUGCAUUUAGAUAAACCUGAACAAGCCCAUAUCUGUCAGUAUUGUUUGGAGGUAUUGCCAUCUCUCUACAAUCUGAAUGAACAUCUUAAGCAAGUCCAUGAAGCUCCAGACCCAGCACUGAUUGUUUCUACCAUGCCUGCCAUGGUCUACCAGUGCAACUUCUGCUCUGAAGUGUUCAAUGACCUCAACACCCUUCAGGAACACAUCCGAUGUUCUCAUGGAUUUGCCAACCCUGCUGCUAAGGACAGUAAUGCAUUCUUUUGUCCCCAUUGCUACAUGGGAUUUCUUACAGAUUCUUCCCUGGAAGAGCAUAUUAGACAAGUCCAUUGUGAUCUUAGCAGUUCCCGUUUUGGUUCUCCUGUGCUUGGAACCCCAAAAGAUCCAGUGGUGGAAGUGUAUUCUUGUUCAUACUGUACCAAUUCUCCAAUAUUUAAUAGUGUUCUUAAACUGAACAAGCAUAUCAAGGAGAACCAUAAGAACAUUCCUCUGGCUCUGAAUUACAUCCACAAUGGGAAAAAAUCCAGAGCCAUGAGUCCAUUAUCUCCUGUAACCAUUGAGCAGACCUCUUUAAAGAUGAUGCAGGCAGUUGGAGGUGCUCCUCCUCGUCCUGCCGGGGAAUAUAUAUGUAAUCAGUGUGGUGCUAAGUAUAAUUCCUUGGAUGGUUUUCAGACUCAUUUGAAAACACAUCUUGACACUGUCCUGCCAAAACUGACCUGCCCUCAGUGCAACAAAGAAUUUCCAAAUCAGGAGUCACUGCUGAAGCAUGUUACCAUUCAUUUCAUGAUCACCUCAACCUACUACAUCUGUGAAAGCUGUGACAAGCAGUUCACUUCUGUGGAUGACUUGCAGAAACACCUACUAGACAUGCAUACAUUCGUGUUCUUCCGCUGCACCUUGUGCCAAGAGGUUUUUGACUCCAAAGUCUCCAUUCAGCUGCACUUGGCUGUGAAGCACAGCAAUGAGAAGAAGGUAUACAGAUGUACGUCUUGCAACUGGGAUUUCCGCAAUGAGACUGACCUACAGCUUCACGUGAAACACAACCACCUGGAGAACCAAGGCAAAGUACACAAGUGCAUCUUCUGUGGCGAAUCCUUCGGUACGGAGGUGGAGCUGCAGUGUCACAUCACUACGCACAGCAAGAAGUACAACUGCAAGUUCUGCAGCAAAGCUUUCCAUGCUAUCAUCUUGCUGGAAAAACACUUGAGGGAAAAACAUUGUGUUUUUGAAACAAAAACUCCAAACUGUGGAACGAAUGGGGCAUCUGAGCAAGUUCAGAAGGAGGAAGUGGAACUCCAGACCUUGUUGACAAAUAGCCAGGAGUCCCAUAACAGCCACGAUGGCAGCGAAGAAGAUGUGGACACAUCUGAGCCUAUGUAUGGCUGUGACAUUUGUGGAGCAGCUUACACCAUGGAGACUCUCUUGCAGAAUCACCAGCUGCGAGACCACAACAUUCGACCAGGAGAAAGCGCCAUAGUGAAGAAAAAGGCUGAGCUCAUUAAAGGGAAUUACAAGUGUAAUGUAUGUUCUCGAACAUUCUUCUCUGAAAAUGGGCUUCGAGAGCACAUGCAGACACACUUGGGACCAGUGAAACACUAUAUGUGCCCUAUCUGUGGUGAGCGGUUUCCAUCUCUUCUGACUCUUACUGAACAUAAGGUCACACAUAGUAAGAGCCUGGACACUGGAAACUGCAGGAUUUGCAAGAUGCCCCUCCAGAGUGAGGAGGAAUUUUUAGAGCAUUGCCAAAUGCACCCUGACCUGAGGAACUCCUUGACGGGGUUCCGCUGUGUGGUGUGCAUGCAGACAGUGACCUCCACGCUGGAACUGAAAAUCCACGGCACGUUCCAUAUGCAGAAAACUGGAAAUGGUUCUGCCGUGCAGUCCACGGGACGUGCACAGCAUCUCCAGAAACUGUACAAGUGUGCGUCUUGCCUGAAGGAAUUCCGUUCCAAACAGGAUUUAGUGAAACUUGACAUCAACGGUCUGCCAUAUGGUCUGUGUGCUAGCUGUGUUAAUCUCAGUAAAAGUGGUAGUCCAAGUGUCAACAUCCCUUCAAGCAGUAACAGACAAGGCAUGGGCCAAAAUGAGAACUUAAGUUCCAUUGAGAACAAAAGCAAGGCAGGGGGACUGAAGACUCGCUGUUCUAGUUGCAAUGUAAAGUUUGAAUCAGAAACUGAACUCCAAAAUCAUAUUCAGUCAAUCCACAGAGAGCUUGUUCCAGACAGCAACAGUACACAGCUGAAAACACCACAAGUAUCUCCAAUGCCUAGAAUCAGCCCCUCCCAAACUGAAGAGAAGAAGACCUACCAGUGCAUCAAAUGUCAGAUGGUUUUCUACAAUGAGUGGGAUAUCCAGGUUCAUGUUGCAAACCACAUGAUUGAUGAAGGACUGAACCAUGAAUGCAAGCUCUGCAAUCAGACAUUCGACUCUCCUGCCAAACUUCAGUGCCACCUGAUAGAGCACAGCUUUGAAGGCAUGGGGGGCACCUUCAAAUGUCCGGUGUGCUUUACAGUGUUUGUCCAAGCAAACAAGUUGCAGCAACAUAUUUUCUCAGCCCAUGGACAAGAGGACAAGAUCUAUGACUGCACACAGUGUCCACAGAAGUUCUUCUUCCAAACAGAGCUGCAGAAUCAUACGAUGACCCAGCACAGCAGUUAGUGCAAGGCCCGUCUCUUCCAGAGAAUUCUUUGUGGCACAAAAAGGGAACACAUUUUACUCUUUGCACGAAACUUUCAUUGUUAAUGUAUAUUAUUCAGAAUCAUUGUAUUGUACCAUAAAACUUGUAUUAUCGAAACUGUUGGAUGUUCAUGUGUUUGAACUUUUGAGCACCGGAUAGACUUCCUGUAUAUAAAGUGUUGCACAUGUAUUAUGUUGUCUGAUACUAAAAUGGUCUUAUAAAGACAAGUGGACUUGGGCCCUAUUCAGGAAAGAUACAAAUAAUAAUAAUACUGUGUGAGGGGAAAAAAAUAGCUUAAGAAAAAAUGUCAUUUUUAAGGAGGAGGGAGAAGGUAAUAGCUAUAUUCCAUUUCAGCUCUGUUUGGCCUCCCUUUCAUUUAAACUUCAGUCUAGAAAUCUCUUUUGGUAUACAAACGAAUGAAUCUAAGACUAUUUUUUAUUGCUGAAGAUUCUUGCAAAAAAAACGAAGAGACUCUUUCUCACAGAGCAGGAACCCACAGUUGAAUAAGGCCCGUAUAUAUAUUUGUAAGCCUUGCGAUAUGACAGAUAGCAUUACCAUAUAUGCAAUAGUUGUUAUGUAGUUUGUCAAAGAAUUUUUUUUUCCUGGAUACCAUUUGAAGCUUUGAGUGUUCAAGACUUUCCUUAAUGAUUUCACACGGCCAAAUUCUUGAAUCAGUUGAACUAACCUGUAUGUUACUGUUAUUAAUGUUUACUCUGCGGUCUGAACCUGGAGAUUACUGGAAUUGUUUUCCAAAAGGAAAUAAAUUCAGUUUACCAUUA